AUGCCGCGGCCGAUCCUGAAGACGCUGUCGUCGUACGCAAGCCCUUUGCGGCCGUCCGGCAGUACACCGAAGAAAGAGCAAAAGCGGGCGUCCGCUCGGCGAUCGCUGGACGUCAGUCGGCACGUGACGUUUUCGCCGUUUACCAAAUUACGAGGAGAUCCGCCGACCGACUUGGGCGCGCCCUCCCACACGGAUGGACAGAAGACGAUGGGGUCAUUGGCGUCGGGGUUUACGUUCAGUAGCGCCACACAAGUAGAGAGACAGAGACAAUUGCGGCAAAAAGAAAAGCUACAGACGAUGCAGAUGUUGUACAAUGCAGCGAAGCGCAGACCCCGCAGUAUCAAGUCGCUCUUGCUGAAGAAUGUGCCAGGCCUUGAGUGUGUGUACAAUAAGGUGAGCGAAUGGCUGGACUACGUCCGAGUUGUGCGCGAAUCGAUGCCGUGGCUGGAACGCCCACGUCCGAAGCGACGACCAAGAAGAAGAAGAAGACUGCUCCGAGGUUUGAGCCCUGCAUCGAACAAUGCCAAUCGCAGGCGUCUUCAGCAGCAGCAGCAGCGUCCGCAGUACUCGAUUGUGACGACCCACCCAAUCCUGCUGCCACCCGUAUUCAUGCCGUCCAGAGGCAACAGCGGUAAACCGCCGGCGAUUGUAUACAGCUCGCCGCAACCAGAUCUUACGCCAGCUAAUCGAGGAAGUUUUGCAAAUCUGCUUCGUCGAAAAGGCAUUCCAGUGGAUGAAGACGAGCGUCAGGCGAAACGUGCGAUCGAUGAGGAUCUACUCGGCGUGAGACAGGUAUCGAAACGUCGUCGUACCCGUUAG